AUGCAUUCGUCACCAGCGACGAGUCAAGAUGGUUUCUUGUUGGACUUUAGUUUGUACCGUGUCGCGAAGUACAUUCGUUUAUUAGGCUACAACGCGGUGUGCGACAGUCAGCUGUUCCGAAGGGAUAUGGUGAACAGGGCCGUGAAGGACAACUUAGUGCUAGUUACCUCAAGCUGCGCUUUAAUCGAACAGGCUAAGGCUCAUAAUAGAACUGUGCAGAAGCACCGCAGCGUCAUUGGCGGGGGGAAAACUGUUGUGGCAUACGACUCGGAUGGCGAAUCUAUUUACUCUGAGGGCGACGACGAUAUGAGAGAAAUUACGUUUUAUGAACUCGCGCACCCCACUGCGGACAACUUUUUCACACUGAUGGUGGAUGCUAUUCGGACGCUCGGCCUACUUUAUCGCAGGGAUCGUAUCUUUUCGCGCUGUGUCAUGUGUAAUGAGGUGCUCGUUGAAGUAGUUAAAGAGGAUGUCAAGGAAGACGUCCAUCCAAAGGUAUACGAAGUCUAUGAUGCAUUCACUCGCUGCCCUGCAUGUAGGAAGGUUUUUUGGGGAGUUGACAAUGGUAAGGUCAUCAAUUACACGGCUUUCCGCACUCUAGAGACGCUACAACGCCUCUUUGAAGCCGCAAUGGGGCCUGAUCUACGACCACCACGCAUUUCUCAUCUUUGUUAUUUUCGUUCUUUCCCCAGGCGGGUGCAUUCAACUGUAUUUUCUUACCUCUCCGAUGCUGACCUGCGGGUUUUGUCAGUUGUAGUACCAAAACUUAAGGAUCUAUCCGACGCUGUGAAGAAGCGGUCCCAGUCGGUUCGGUGA